UUGCAGCUGAGAGGCGACAGAGCGUCUUUGCUCUGCGCAGCAGGAGUCCGUGCAGCCGAGAGGAGAAGAGGGUCCACCCUUCCAGCGGAGCCACGUCCGUCACCAGCCCGACUUUGGCUGCCUCAAAGACGGACACGAAAGAGACGCCGAGCCGCUCUCACCUCAAGUGCCUUCUCUUGCAGCUCAAAAAACGGCUACCAUGAGUGACGCAGACAAGUACCUGUACGGGGACCGCGGCGGGACGAGCAACCCGCUGGCUCAGGCCGACUGGGCCACCAAGAAGCAGGUGUGGGUCCCCUCGGAAAGACUGGGCUUCGAGGCCGGCUCCGUCAAGGAGGAGCUGGGCGAGGAGUGCGUGGUGGAGCUCAGCGACUCGGGCAAAAAGGUGAAGAUCAACAAGGAUGACAUCCAAAAGAUGAACCCGCCCAAGUUCAACAAGGUGGAGGACAUGGCCGAGCUCACCUGCCUCAACGAAGCCUCUGUGCUGCACAACCUCAAAGAACGCUACUACUCUGGACUAAUCUAUACCUAUUCAGGGCUCUUCUGCGUUGUGGUCAACCCCUACAAAUUCCUACCCAUCUACUCUGAGGAAAUUAUCAACAUGUACAAGGGCAAGAAGAGGCACGAGAUGCCACCUCACAUCUAUGCCAUCACCGACACGGCCUACAGGAGCAUGAUGCAGGAUCGAGAGGAUCAGUCCAUCCUUUGCACUGGCGAGUCUGGAGCAGGAAAAACUGAGAAUACCAAGAAGGUCAUUCAGUAUCUGGCCUUUGUCGCCUCAUCUUUCAAGUCUAAGAAGGAUCAGAUGAUGUCUCAUGUGUGUCAGGGGGAACUGGAGAAGCAGCUUCUUCAGGCCAACCCCAUUCUGGAAGCCUUUGGUAACGCCAAGACGGUCAAGAAUGACAACUCUUCUCGAUUUGGAAAAUUCAUCAGAAUCAACUUUGAUGUGAAUGGAUACAUCGUUGGAGCCAACAUUGAAACAGACCUGCUGGAGAAGUCUCGGGCCAUCAGACAAGCCAAAGAGGAGAGAAGCUUCCACAUUUUCUACUACAUGCUGAGUGGAGCAGGAGACAAACUGCGCUCCGAGUUGUGUCUGGAAGACUACAGCAAGUAUCGGUUCCUGUCUAAUGGCAACGUGACUAUUCCGGGCCAGCAGGACAAGGACAUGUUCUCGGAGACCAUGGAGGCCUUCCAGAUCAUGAGUAUCCCAGAAGAGGAAAGAAUUGGCCUGUUGAAAGUGGUGUCGGCUGUGCUGCAGUUGGGAAACAUGACUUUCAAGAAAGAGCGUCACUCCGACCAGGCAUCGAUGCCGGAUGACACCGCUGCACAGAAAGUGUCUCACCUGCUGGGCAUCAAUGUGACAGACUUCACUCGAGCUAUCUUGUCACCACGUAUCAAGGUGGGCCGCGACUACGUCCAGAAGGCUCAAACUCAGGAGCAGGCCGAAUUUGCUGUGGAGGCCCUGGCCAAGGCAUCAUAUGAGAGGAUGUUCCGCUGGUUGGUCAUGAGGAUCAACAAAGCUCUGGACAAGACCAAGAGGCAAGGAGCCUCCUUCAUCGGCAUCCUGGACAUUGCCGGUUUUGAGAUCUUUGAGCUUAACUCGUUCGAGCAGCUGUGCAUCAACUACACCAAUGAGAAGCUGCAGCAGCUCUUCAACCACACCAUGUUCAUCCUGGAGCAGGAAGAGUACCAGAGGGAAGGGAUCGACUGGAGCUUCAUCGACUUUGGCCUCGACCUGCAGCCAUGCAUCGAUCUCAUUGAGAAACACUCUGGACCUCCUGGCAUCUUGUCUCUGUUGGACGAGGAGUGCUGGUUCCCCAAGGCCACAGACAAGACCUUUGUGGAGAAGGUGGUUCAGGAGCAGGGAACCCAUCCUAAGUUUCAGAAACCCAAGAAACUCAAGGAUGAUGCUGACUUCUGCGUCAUCCACUAUGCUGGGAAGGUGGACUACAAAGCGGACGCAUGGCUGAUGAAAAACAUGGAUCCUCUGAAUGAGUGCGUGGCCACGUUGCUCAACCAGUCCACUGACAAGUUUACAGCCGACCUGUGGAGAGACGUCGACCGUAUCGUCGGCUUGGAUAAAGUAGCGGGAAUGUCGGAUUCCAUGCACGGUGCCUUCAAGUCUCGUAAAGGCAUGUUCCGCACCGUGGGCCAACUGUACAAGGAGCAGCUGGGGAACCUGAUGGCCACGCUGAGGAACACCAACCCCAACUUUGUCCGCUGCAUCAUCCCCAACCACGAGAAGAAGGCAGGGAAACUAGAGCCUCACCUGGUUCUGGACCAGCUUAGGUGUAAUGGAGUCUUGGAGGGCAUCCGUAUCUGCAGACAGGGCUUCCCCAACCGCAUUGUCUUCCAGGAGUUCAGACAGAGGUAUGAAAUCCUCACUCCAAAUGCCAUCCCAAAGGGUUUCAUGGAUGGCAAACAAGCCUGUGUGCUCAUGAUAAAGGCACUGGAGUUGGACCCCAAUCUGUACCGCAUCGGUCAGAGUAAAGUGUUCUUCAGAGCCGGUGUGCUGGCUCACUUGGAGGAGGAGAGAGACAUGAAGAUCACGGACGUCAUCAUCUGUUUCCAGGCCUGGUGCCGAGGAUAUGUGGCACGCAAAGCCUUUGCCAAGAGACAGCAGCAGUUGAUGGCCAUGAAAGUUAUCCAGAGGAACUUGGCUGCUUACCUCAAACUCAGGAACUGGCAAUGGUGGAGACUUUUCACCAAGGUGAAGCCGCUGCUACAAGUGACCCGGCAGGAGGAGGAGAUGGUGGCCAAGGAUGAGGAGCUGCAGAAAGUCAAAGAGAGGCAGUUGCAGGCUGAGGAGCAGCUCCAACAAUACGAGACCAAGCAACAGCAGCUGAACGCCGAGAAGCUGGCCCUCCAGGAGCAGCUCCAGGCCGAGACCGAGCUGUGCGCCGAGGCUGAGGAGAUGCGAGCCCGUCUGGCCAGCAAGAAGCAGGAGCUGGAGGAGAUCCUUCACGACUUUGAGGCUCGCCUGGAAGAGGAAGAGGACCGCGUAGGCCAGUUGCACAGCGAGAGAAAAAACCUGAUUCAGAACAUUACCGACCUAGAGCAGCAGCUGGAUGAGGAAGAAGCAGCCAGACAGAAGCUUCAGAUGGAGAAGGUCACCACAGAUGCUAAAAUGAAAAAAAUUGAGGACGAAAUGAUGGUGCUGGACGACCAGAAUAACAAGCUCACCAAGGAGAAAAAACUUUUGGAGGAGAGGAUCUCAGAGUUCACAACUAACUUGGCUGAAGAGGAGGAGAAGUCUAAAAGUUUACAGAAACUCAAGAAUAAACAUGAGGCCGUGAUCACUGAUUUGGAGGAACGUCUCCGAAAGGAGGAGAAAAUACGUCAGGAGCUGGAAAAGAACCGUCGUAAACUUGAGGGCGACUCGACAGACCUCAAUGACCAGAUUUCAGAACUUCACGCCCGCAUCGCUGAACUGGAAGCUCAGCUGGCCAAGAAAGAGGAGGAGCUGCUGGCUGCACUGGCAAAGAUCGAGGAGGAGGCCGCAGCCAAGAACACAGCCCAGAAGAAGAUCCGGGAGCUGGAAGCUCAGAUCUCUGAGCUGCAAGAGGAUCUCGAGCUGGAGAGACAGGCGCGCCAGAAGGCGGAUAAGAUGCGCAGGGACCUGGGUGAGGAGCUGGAAGCUCUCAAAACGGAGUUGGAGGACACAUUGGACUCUACUGCAGCACAGCAGGAGCUAAGGUCCAAACGUGAAACUGAGGUUGCCCAUCUGAAGAAGACUCUGGAGGAUGAGGCCAAGGCUCACGAGCAGCUGAUGGCUGACAUGAGACAAAAACACAACCAGGCCUUUGACGAGCUGAAUGAUCAGCUGGAGCAGGCCAAGCGGAACAAGAUGUCUGUGGAGAAAUCAAAGCAGGCGCUAGAGAGCGAAUGGAAUGAGGUGCAGAUCGAGCUCAAGACUCUGACGCAAGGCAAAUCGGAUUCCGAGCACCGUCGCAAGAAGGCAGAGUCCCAACUUCAGGAGCUUCAGGUCAAAUAUGGAGAGAGCGAACAGCAGAGGCAGGAGAUGGCUGACAAGAUGGCCAAAAUGCAGGCUGAGCUGGACAAUGUCAACAGCCUUCUGACUGACGCAGAGGGCAAAAAUAGCAAAUUCAGCAAAGACCUUUCUUCAAUGGAGUCUCAGCUGCAGGAUGCACAGGAGUUGCUCCAAGAGGAGACUCGUCAGAAGCUGGCCAUCUCCACUCGCUUGCGGCAGCAGGAGGAAGAGCAGAACAACCUACGGGAGUUGCUGGAGGAAGAGGAGGAGGGCAAGAGGAACGUGGACAAGCAGGUCUCCUCGCUCCAGGCCCAGCUGGCCGACACGAAGAAGAAGCUGGAUCAGGAGACGGCCAACCUGGAGAGCGCGGAGGAGGGUCGCAAGCGCGUCCAACGCGACGCCGACUCGCUGCAGCAGCAGCUGGAAGAGAAGACGGCCGCCUACGAUAAAUUGGAGAAGACCAAAACCCGUUUGCAGCAGGAGCUGGAUGACCUCAUGGUGGACCAGGACAACCUGAGGCAGGUGGUCUCCAACCUGGACAGGAAACAGAAGAAGUUCGACCAGAUGCUGGCCGAGGAGAAGAACACCUCCACUCGGUAUGCCGAAGAGCGCGACAAGGCUGAAGCCGACGCCAGGGAGAAAGAUACGCGGGCGCUGAUGCUGGCCCGCGAGCUGGAGGGGAUGACGGACUUGAAGGACGAAGUGGAUCGGGCCAACAAGCUGCUCAAAGCGGAGAUGGAUGACUUGGUCUCCUCCAAGGAUGACGUGGGCAAGAGCGUUCACGAGCUGGAGCGCUCCAAGCGUGCUAUGGAGCAACAGCUGGAGGAGAUGAGGGUUCAGCUGGAGGAGCUGGAGGACGAGCUGCAGGCCACCGAGGACGCCAAACUCCGUCUGGAGGUUAACAUGCAGGCCAUGAAGGCCCAGUUUGACCGCGACCUGCAGGCCAGAGACGAGCAGGGCGAGGAGCGGAGGAAGCAGCUGGUCAAACAGGUUUGCGAAAUGGAAGUGGAGCUGGAGGACGAACGCAGGCAGCGCUCUCAGGCUCUGUCCUCCAAGAAGAAGUUGGAGCUGGACUUGGGAGAGCUCGAAACCCAGAUCGAUGUUGCAAACAAGGGCCGAGAUGAGGCCAUCAAACAGCUGAAGAGGCUGCAGGCCCAGAUGAAAGAGCAAAUGAGAGAGCUCGAGGACCUGCGCAUGGCCCGAGAUGAGGCAGUCAACGGGGCCAGGGAGACCGAGAGGAAGCUGAAAGCCUUGGAGGCAGAUGCUCUUCACUACCAAGAGGAUCUCGCCACUGCCGAGAGACUCAAGAGACAAAUCCAGGCAGAGAGGGACGAGCUACAGGAUGAGAUUAACAACAGCAAUGCGAAAAAUUCACUGCAGGCUGAAGAGAAAAGGAGGCUGGAGGCUCGCAUUACCCAGCUUGAGGAGGAUUUGGAGGAGGAGCUACUUAACACCGAGAUGGUCAAUGAGCGUCUGAAGAGAACCACACUGCAGAUGGAGCAGCUGACCACAGAACUGUCCGCCGAGCACAGCAGCGUCCAGCGGCUGGAGGGCACUCGAUCGCAGCUGGAUCGCCAGAACAAGGAGAUGAAGCUGAAGCUACAGGAGCUUGAGAGCACCAUCAAGUCCAAGUACAAGUCCAGCAUUGCCUCCCUGGAGGCCAAGAUCGCUCAAUUGGAAGAGCAGCUCGACAUCGAGUCCAAGGAGCAUCAACAAGCAUCCCGGCUGGUCAGGAGGACGGAGAAGAAGCUGAAGGAGAUCAUGUUGCAGGUAGACGAUGAGCGGCGCAACGCGGAGCAAUACAAGGACCAGGCCGAUAAGACCAACAUCCGCAUGCGUCAGCUGAAGCGCCAGUUGGAGGAGGCUGAGGAGGAGGUGACGCGAGCCAACGCUUACCGUAGGAAGCUGCAAAGGGAUCUGGAAGAUGUCACUGAGUCGGCAGAUGCCAUGAACCGGGAAGUCAGCAGUCUGAAGAGCAAGCUCAGGCGCGGAGACGUGCAAUUGAACAUCCGCCGCACCUUUACUCGCACGGGACUGGAGAGUGACGAGGAUUUGGACGCGUCCACCGAGGUGUCCGAGCAGGCAGCUGAAUGAACGAAGACACGCGCAGGGGGAAUAUUCUGAUUCCAAUUCAAUUGCAAAGAUGGCGCCAACAAAAGCCUUGCCAAGCUCAAAGUAUACAACAUGCUGGCACACAAAUAUCAUGCUCUUUAAUUCAUUUAUACAACAACAUAUGAGGUUUUAAAUUUAUGUUCAUCUCAGUGACCAAAUCAUUUACUCCUAAGGGCUUGAUCAUGUGCCGUACAAUGUUGCUUGAACUGCUCCUCACCAUUCUAUGCUUUUGUUAUUGGUGCAUAUCCAAUGCUGGUGCCUGGGUUUCAUGUUGGACAUAAGAAUAAGUGUAUUGUCUCUUUCAGAUGUUACCUCAACUCUACAGGUGGUGGGUUUACCGUUUAGUAUCAAUCAGCACAUUUGUCACCAAAUGUUGUUCUGCCCUAACUCACAGUGCAUAAACACUCUUGCCUAAAAAUAAGCACAUUGUAUUGUCGCCAAAAUUUUAUGGCUGUUUCUACCUUAUAAAAUGCCUUUAUGCAAUAAAUAAAUGGAUAUAAUAAAUAUGA